AUGAGCGAGAGUGAAACAUCACAACAACUUUCUGAAAGUACUGAAGCAAAUGAAGCCCCAGUAAUUGAAACUGCACAAUUUAAUGAAAUUGUUCCUUUAAAGGGAGAUGUAAUGGAACAUUUUGAAAAGAUUCCAAGGAAAAUUAAUGGAUGUGAUUAUGCUUUUUGUAAGUAUUGUAAGGCUGAAAGUGAUAAAGGAGGAGAUAACAAAUUAUUUAGGAUUAGAGCCAAACCAGAAAAUUUAAGAAGGCAUUUGAAGUGCUGUAAAUACUUUUGUGCCGCAAAAGGAAUUGCCCUAAAACCAAAAAUAAAUAACAUCCCUGGUGGAGGUAAACGCCCACGCAUUGAUCCAAAAACUGAAAAAGAAAAUGUUGUUGUGGUUGCACCUUUGGCUAUUUGCUCAGCUGGUUGUAAGACGUUAACAGUUAAAUAUUCCAGAAAGUCUGAGUCUAUGGAUAUUACUCCAGGAAUGACUGCUCAAGAGGUAGUUGAUUCAUUGAAAGAAAUAUUUGAUAUUGACCCAUCAGCCAAAUGCUAUUUAAGAAGAGAGACAGAGCAUAAAGUUCUUAUUGGUUGUUGCGAUCUUAUGUUAUUAAUUAACAAUGGAGAAACUCUUCGUCUUGAAUGUUCGAAAUAA